GGCCGGCCAGCGAGGAGCGCGGCGACGCGGGCGGGGAAGGCAGGGCCGGGCGGGCGCCGCCUGCGGAGAGGCCGGGGGCCGGCGUGCGUGGGGCCGCGCGCGGCAGCGGCGGCGGCGGCGGCGGCGGCGACUUCCUCCGGGCCGGGCCGGACAGCGCAGGGCCAUGGCCGAGGCGGCCGCGGCUCCGAUUUCUCCAUGGACAAUGGCAGCUACAAUUCAGGCCAUGGAGAGGAAGAUCGAAUCGCAGGCUGCCCGCUUGCUUUCCCUAGAAGGUCGAACCGGGAUGGCCGAGAAGAAGCUGGCCGACUGCGAGAAGACGGCUGUGGAGUUCGGGAACCAGCUGGAGGGCAAGUGGGCCGUGCUGGGCACCCUGCUGCAGGAGUACGGGCUGCUGCAGAGGCGGCUGGAGAACAUGGAGAACCUGCUGCGGAACAGGAACUUCUGGAUCCUGCGGCUGCCCCCGGGCAGCAAGGGGGAGGCCCCCAAGGAGUGGGGGAAGCUGGAUGAGUGGCAGAAGGAGCUGUACAAGCAUGUGAUGCGGGGCAACUAUGAGACGCUGGUCUCCCUGGACUACGCCAUCUCCAAGCCCGAGGUCCUCUCCCAGAUUGAACAGGGGAAGGAGCCGUGCAGCUGGCGUCGCCCUGGCCCGAAGGUUCCAGAUGUUCCAGUGGACCCGAGUCCAGGCUCAGGGCCCCCAGUUCCAGCCCCUGACCUCUUAAUGCAGAUCAAGCAGGAGGGCGAGCUCCAGCUCCAGGAGCAGCAGGCCCUGGGCGUGGAGGCCUGGGCAGCCGGGCAGCCAGACAUCGGGGAGGAGCCAUGGGGCCUCAGCCAGCUGGACUCCGGAGCAGGAGAUGUCUCUACUGAUGCUGCCUCUGGCAUCCACUCCAACUUUUCAACCACUAUCCCACCCACCUCCUGGCAGGCAGAUCUCCCUCCCCACCACCCCUCUUCCGCGUGCUCAGACGGGACACUGAAGCUCAGCACAGCCGCCUCCACGGAAGCAGAUGUAAAAAUAGUGAUAAAAACAGAAGUCCAGGAAGAGGAGGUGGUAGCCACACCAGUGCAUCCUACUGACCUAGAAGCCCACGGGACCCUGUUUGGACCUGGCCAAGCCACGAGGUUCUUCCCUAGUCCUGUCCAGGAGGGAGCCUGGGAGAGCCAAGGCAGCUCCUUCCCCAGCCAGGACCCUGUGCUGGGGCUGAGAGAGCCCGCCCGGCCCGAGCGCGACCUGGGCGAGCCCAGCCCUGCGGUGGCCCAAGAUGAGAAUCCCCCGGGGGACUGGCUCUUUGGGGGCGUCCGGUGGGGCUGGAAUUUCAGGUGUAAACCCCCCGUGAGCCUGAACCCGAGAACCGGGCCCGAGGGUCUGCCCUACUCGUCCUCCGACAGCGCAGAGGCCGUGCUGGACCCCGGUCAGGCUCCGAGACCCUUCAGCGACCCCUGUAAAUACCCGGGCCGGACCAAAGGCUUCGGCCACAAGCCGGGCCUGAAGAAGCACCCGGCGGCCCCGCCGGGGGGGCGGCCGUUCACCUGCGCCUCGUGCGGGAAGAGCUUCCAGCUGCAGGUCAGCCUGAGCGCGCACCAGCGCAGCUGCGGGCUGCCCGACGGGGCGCCGGGGGCGGCGGGCGGCGGCGGCGGUGGCGGCAGCAGCGGCGGCAGCGCGCGGGACGGCAGCGGCCUGCGGUGCGGCGAGUGCGGCCGCUGCUUCACGCGGCCCGCGCACCUCAUCCGGCACCGCAUGCUGCACACGGGCGAGCGGCCCUUCCCCUGCACCGAGUGCGAGAAGCGCUUCACCGAGCGCUCCAAGCUCAUCGACCACUACCGAACCCACACGGGCGUGCGGCCCUUCACCUGCACUGUGUGCGGCAAGAGCUUCAUCCGCAAGGACCACCUCCGCAAGCACCAGCGCAACCACGCGGCCGGGGCCAAGCCGCCCCGGGGCCAGCCCCUGCCGCCGCUGCCGGCCGGCCCCCCGGACCCCUUCAAGGCUCCCGCCUCCAAAGGACCCUUGGCCUCCACAGACCUCGUGACCGACUGGACUUGUGGCCUGAGUGUUCUGGGACCCACCGACGGCGGGGACCUGUGAGCCCCGCGGUCAGGGCCGCCCGGCCCCUUGACCCCUGCAGCCCCCCGUGUAAAAAGCCCCUUUUCCAGACGCCAGGGUGGUGGUAAAAGGUUAGAGGCAGGAACGGAGACAAGGGGAGAGCCAGACCUCCAAGUCGCUGAACUGAUCACUGGAAAAAGAGAAACUAUCAGACAAUACAGCUUCCACCUCUAAACCAAGUAGAAGUCUCUGUUUGUGAAACUGAACAGCAUAGGAUUUUAAGUAAUUUAAUUACGAGACUUUUUUUUUUUUUAAUUCUUGAAGAAAAAGCUGGAAAAUAGUAGUAGCACCAGUUCAAACUUUAUAGUGUACUUUUGGUUUCUGGAGUGUGUGUGUGUGUGUGUGCGUGUGCGCGCGUGUAUGUUGUGGGCUGUGUCCUUACCAGGUCUGUCAGGGAGUGUGCUAUGACGUUGGCCAGCUGGGGACACAGGUUUGGAGGGACCUGGGCCUCCCUGGCCCCACUGACCCCUAGGGAUGGGCUGGUCUGAGCACACGGUCCCCAGGAAGUUGAGACCUGGCUCUGCCCAGGGCCAGGCUGGGGAGGGAAGCCAGCUGGGCGCUAUGGAUGCCCGGCCUCACCUCGGCAGGGAGAAGGACCCAAGCGGGAGCAGCCCAUCCAUUCAGCUUGCCUCUUAUCUGAAAAGGCUCUCCGGAAGUGCUGGCCCUGCUACGAGCCAUCUGCCUCCCCCAUCGCCCUGUUACGUUACUCCUGGGCCUCAUAAAGGACAGUUGUCUGAAAACACUGUCAGGGCCGCGGAGGUGAGGCGGGGGCAGUGGAAGCCUCCACGUCAUCCCAGCAGAGCUGGGAGCAGAGCCCGGCCUGCCCGCCCCCACGGGGGCUACUUUCCGCUCCAGCGAGAUGCCUGUUUUCUUUAAUCUUUGUAUGGUGUCUUCUCAGUGUCCAAAUACUUUUGCACCGAAUGUUGUUUGAUCGUUACUGUGACCUAGUGAAGCACGCAGGACAAGUGUUCUUUCUCGUUAGAGAUGAGGAUGUAAGUUACUCAAAGGGGACAUGUCGCAGCCUCACACCACGUGUACACGGCGAGCACUGACAGUUGGAAAGAGCCUCAGGUCAGGCACGGCUCAUCCUCCUGGAACAUCAGUUUAGGGAGGAAAGCUUUUCGUUCUGCCCUCUUAAAAGAUUUGCCCCGCAUCUGCAUGGGCAAAGUCGCCAGGCCUCAAGCUUCAGCUAAUAAGCCUUGGCCUCCUUGGUAUGUGGGCUCCGUCCCCCAGAAGGGGCGGGGGCCACGGGGCUGGGUCAGGGAUAGGGCCGGCUUGUUGCUGGUCUGACAUCUUAAAGGUGGAAUCAGAAAUGGGUCCAGGUUUCUUGAUUCCACCACGAUGCUGUCCCUGCCACACAGGUACCCAUUCCCAUUCUGGUUCCUUGUCCCGCAGGGAACUUGUUUUCCCUGAGGCGGUGAAGACCACGGUUUCUGUUCAUUCAGCUCCCUUGUGCGUACUUUUAUUAGGCAAUAGAAUAGUUAAGGAAAUUGUUUCUAUGUACUGUAUAUUUUGUACCUGUUUACACUUCUAAUAUUGAUAUAACUGAUAUUUUGAAAAACAAAUGAAGAGGAAACAUCCUGUUAAAAUAAAACCUAACCAGCACAGAGGCGGUUUGGUGGGUUCCGUUCUUAGACCUGCAUCUUUGGUGCUGAUGCCUGUGAGCACAUCCCUGAGGGAGCUGUGUGGUCAGCUUUCUCAGCGCCCUCCUGCACAAGGUAGCCUCGGACCCAGGGAGGCGCCUCUUCCUGAGAGCUGGGAUGGUACAAUCCAGAGGUUUGACUCUGUGGAGAUAAAACAGAUACUUCGAGGGAAAAUAAAAACACAUCCAGUCA